AUGAAAGUUAUCUCGGCUCUGUUGCUCGUUGGCGUCUUUUGGAGCCAGGAGCUGAAGUCGGCGUCCUCAGAUUCAAUCAUCCACAUCGGCGCCAUCUUUGAUGAGUCAGCGCGGAAAGAUGAUGAGGUGUUUCGUCUCGCCAUAGCAGAUCUCAAUCUGAACAACGAGAUCUUGGAGACUGAGAAGAUCACGUUCUCAGUGGAGUUCGUCGAUGGGAACAACCCCUUCCAGGCCGUGCAGGAAGCCUGUGAGCUGAUGAACCGUGGUAUCCUGGCUCUGGUCAGCUCGAUUGGCUGCAUGUCCGCCGGCAGCCUGCAGACUCUGGCCGAUGCGAUGCACAUCCCCCACCUCCUCAUCCAGCGCUCCCCGGCGGGAACACCGCGCUCCGAUUGCUCUCCGACCAGUCGCUUCCCCGGAACAGACGACUACACCCUAAUGGUCCGCCCACCCGUCUAUCUCAAUGAGGUCAUCAUGCAAGUGGUGUCCGAGUACAGCUGGCAGAAGUUCAUCCUCUUCUAUGAUUCUGAAUUUGAUAUCCGCGGCAUUGAGGAUUUCCUGGACCGGACCUCUCAGCAGGGAAUGGACGUUUCUCUUCAGAAGGUGGAAUCUAACAUCAACAUGAUGAUCACAAGUCUGUUCAGAACAAUGCGCGUGGAAGAGCUGCAUCGCUACAGGGACACGCUACGCAGAGCCGUGCUUUUCAUGAGCCCGGCCACUGCCAAGGCUUUUAUCACAGAGGUGGUGGAGACCAACCUGGUGGCCUUCGAUUGUCACUGGAUCCUGAUUAACGAGGAGAUCUCAGACUACGACUUGCAGGAGUUAGUCAUGAAGUCGAUCGGUCGGUUGACGCUGGUGCGCCAGACGUUCCCCAUGCCUCAGAACACAACUCAGCGCUGUGUCAAACACAACCACAGGAUUAACACGUCCCUGUGUGACCUUAAAAACCCCAAAGCUCAGCAACUGGAGAUCAGCAACCGCUACAUCUAUGAUUCCGUGUUGCUGCUGGCCAACACCUUCCACAGAAAGCUGGAGGAUAGGAAGUGGCACAGCAUGGCCAGUCUGAGCUGCAUCAGGAAGAACUCCAAACCCUGGCAGGGAGGCAAGAGCAUGUUGGACACUGUCAAGAAGUUUGGAGUCAGCGGCCUAACCAGUUUUCUGGAGUUCACUGACAACGGCACCAACCCCAACAUCUUCUUUGAAAUCCUGGGAACAAAUUAUGGAGAGGACAGGGGCCGAGGAGUCAGUAGGCUGGCAACGUGGGACCCAGUUCAUGGCUUGAACGGCACACUGACGGACAGGAAAUUGGAAAACAACAUGAGAGGAGUGGUGCUUCGAGUCGUGACUGUCCUGGAGGAGCCGUUCGUAAUGGUGUCCGAGAAUGUUCUGGGAAAGCCCAAAAAGUACCAGGGCUACUCCAUUGACGUCCUGGACGCUCUGUCCAACUACCUCGGCUUUAAGUAUGAGAUCUACGUCGCGCCAGACCACAAAUACGGCAGCUUGCAGCCUGAUGGUCAGUGGAACGGACUGAUGGGUGAAUUGGUCUUUAAGCGAGCCGACGUGGGACUUUCUGCCCUGACCAUCACGUCCGAGCGAGAGAGCGCGGUGGACUUCACCACGCGCUACAUGGAUUAUUCCGUGGGGGUUCUGCUGCGCAAGGCUGAACGCACUGUCGACAUGUUUGCCUGCCUGGCGCCCUUCGACCUGUCCCUGUGGGCCUGCAUUGCGGGCACCGUGCUCCUGGUUGGCAUCCUGGUGUACCUGCUCAACUGGCUCAACCCACCCCGGCUCCCCAUGGGCCCCGUGUCCUCCACCACGCUGUACAAUUCCAUGUGGUUCGUGUAUGGCUCCUUUGUACAACAAGGUGGAGAGGUCCCCUACACCACUUUGGCUACAAGGAUGAUGAUGGGCGUUUGGUGGAUGUUUGCUCUUAUUGUCAUCUCCUCGUACACCGCUAAUCUAGCAGCCUUCCUUACCAUCUCGCGCAUAGAGAACUCCAUACAGUCCCUCCAGGACUUAUCCAAGCAGACCGAUUUGCCUUACGGUACGGUAUUGGACUCUGCUGUUUACGAUCAGGUGCGCUCCAAAUCCAUGAACCCCUUCGAGAGAGAUCCCAUGUACUCCCAGAUGUGGCGGAUGAUUAACCGCACCGGAGGAGGAGAUAAUAAUGUCGAGGAGUCCAAAGAAGGCAUCCGCAAGGUGAAGUACGGCCGCUUUGGCUUUGUGUGGGAUGCGGCGGUGCUGGAGUACGUCGCCAACAACGACGAGGACUGCUUGUUCUACACCGUCAGCAGCAAUGCACCAGACCGCGGGUAUGGUAUCGCCAUGCAGCACGGCAGCCCCUACAGGGACAUCUUCUCCCAGAGAAUCCUGGAGCUGCAGCAGAACGGUGACAUGGACAUCCUGAAACUCAAGUGGUGGCCCAAGGACAGCCCGUGCGACCUCUACAGCUCGCUGCAGACAAAGCAGCAUGGCAACGCUCUGGACAUCCAUAGCUUCGCCGGCGUUUUCUGUGUGCUGGCAGCCGGCGUGGUGCUCUCCUGCCUCAUUGCCAUGGUGGAGAGCUGGUGGUCACGGAGGAAGGGAUCCAGGGUCCCCUCCAAGGAGGACGAUAAGGAGAUCGACCUGGAACACCUACACCGCCGGGUUAACAGCCUGUGCACCGAUGAUGAAAGCCCCCACAAGCAGUUCUCCACCUCUUCCGUCGAUUUAACGCCCCUCGACAUGGACGCGCUGCCUGCCGCGCGCCAAGCACUCGAGCAGAUCAGCGACUUCCGCAACACCCACAUAACCACCACCACCUUCAUCCCCGAGCAGAUCCAGACCCUCAGCCGCAGCCUGUCGGCCAAAGCCGCUGCUGGCUUCUCCGCUGGUUUCGGUAGCGGCGGCGGGGGCGUCCUGCAGGACCACCGGACUGGCGGGGUGGGCCCUUUCAGGCAGAGGGCCCCCAACGGUGGCUUCUUUCGCAGCCCCAUUAAAACAAUGUCCUCCAUCCCCUACCAGCCCACAGGUCCAGGACCCAACUUUGGAUAUGGCAAUGAUCCAGACAGGGGCACUUCUAUAUGAGGAGCUGCUUAGGAGACGAGUGGUUCAGGAGGAAGAGGAGGAAGAGGAGAAGGAGCCGAAGGAGGCAUGGUGGUUAGGGUUGGUCUAAGGGUUGGUAAAACAAAUACAUUAUGGCUAAGCUAGAGGUCAGAGGAUAGAAAUGUGUACAUAGGAAUGUUUGUGUUUUCAGUUUCUGCUCGGGUGUUUCCAGGGGUGUCCGUUUCGUUUGUAGAGAAGACGAGGGAGGUGGAGUUCUAUGGGGGCCGUUGCUUGUCUUUGUGAAACCCGUGCUGGUGAGGUGCAAAAGGGGAAGAGUUGGUUUGAAUCUUUGCUUCAUUGUUGUUGUUCUUGUGAUUGUUUUGGCGAUUAUUUUAGGGGGAAAUGUGUGAAAGGGGAUCGGUUUUUUUGGUUUCUUUAUUGCUUCUGUUUUGUGAUGUGAGGACCGCCUCAUGUGACGGAGAUCUGCUGAAAUUACCUGACUAUUAUUAUCUCAGCCCCACCUCGGAGGGUUUAAUUUAUGCUGGUCCGACCACAGGAAAUGCAUCUAUAGUGGUGUAAGCUCCUGGUCACCCAUUGGUGGGUGACUGGUUGUGUUGUUAGCUAUUAAACAACUCCAAGGGGCUCAUGCUAAGCAAUUAUUGAAUUGUUUUUCUUUUUUACCAAGCCGUAUAUAGCAGUAGUUUUGUCCAUAGCCCUGAGAAUACUUAGUUUUGAAAAGGCCCACAUCUCAGUAGACAAUCCACUUCUCCACUCCUACUCUGCCUUUUCGCUCUGCAGGAGUCCAUCUGGUGUGGUUUCACCAGUACCCGGGGAUCUAAAUGUGUUACGGGGUCCACGCAGUUGCCUGACUUGACCUAAGACUGGACACACGCCGACCCCAUCACGGUGCAUCGGUCUGUAAACUGAGGACUAAAUCAACAGCUGAAACGCAAGGACAGUGCAACAGUAUGACACUGAAACGCCGGUGUGGUGCGUCGAUCUUAAACAAUUUCUGCCAUUGUGGUGCAUCUCCUUGAAACGGUUUUCGCCACUUUGAUGCACAUUUAGGACCCUCCGUCAACCCCACUGCACUGUACCAGUGCCCACAGACCUGUAAGUGAUUGUAUGUAGAUCUGACCUUGUCUUUUCUCACCUGUACUGUGCUAUCGGCUUUUCAAGUCAAGGUGAGAUCCUCUAGUCAGACUCUCAGAAGGAUAGUAAAAGGGAUGACACAAAAAAGAAAUCAACUUAAUGGAAGGAAAAAAAACAUAAGACAUGCCAAAAGACUUCAAAGGCUUAUGCCUAGUAUAUGUCUUUUAUUAAAUUUUGUUUUUGAAAAAAAAAAAAGAUUUUAUUGCGUGGAAUGUGUUUUUGUCAGGAAGUACAAAAAAAAUAACAUUGUUCUGAGCUGUCAACUUGUUUCUUACUCUCAGCCAACUUAGAAAAACUGCUAAAUGAGUGCUGUAGUAUCUGGUUUUGCAUUAUUAAGUCAUUCAAACCUUCACUUUGGUAUUUUUUUCUUUUGUUUUGCUUCAUUAAAGCGCUGCCAUAGCUCGAGUGCUUAGAACAUAUCGCUCAUUCUGGUGGCCAUGUCAUGUUCGACUUCAUUACUCACUUCUUAUCAGGUUCAAGUGGUGAAAUGGUUGAUUUUGUGUUGAGGAGAAGCCAUUGCAACAGCAUCUUCGGUACAGGCCUUAUAUCUCAACUGGCUAGCUGCACCCUUCCAGCUUCCAGUCAAACCCAAAACAUCACCGCACACUGGAAACAGUUUAGAGGAGUGAAUCAGUUUUGCUUCUUGGGGUCACUGGAAUGUCACGAAGAGUCAACGGCCAUUGGAACCCGAUGGCUGCCUUUUAUCGAGACAAGUCCGGUACAUAAUUCUAUUUCAUAUCUGUAAUGUUAAGGGUACUGUUUAUAUAACUUUUUGUUUUUGUUUUUGUUUUUUAAGUGCCAAUUAUUCAAAGAAGACCAUUGUGGUGCAUUUUGGGGCCGGGGGAUGAGAACGAUGCAUUAAGAGCAUUAAAGGAAUACUUCAUGGAUUAGGAGCCGGGGUGGUAAAAUGGAACCAAAUCUUUUUCACUAACACUGUAUUAAUAAUUGAUAAUGUUAGUUGUUUAGAACAAGUUUUCAGUUUGUUAUCUUUAAGAACUAAAACCGCAAAAUGUUGUGCGUAGAGAACUCCGUCAAGCCACAGUGUUUUGAAGCAAGCAUUCUUAGGCAUUAUUUUCUUAUAUUAGGCUACAGUAUGGCUAUUGAAUGACAUUUAGGACACAGACAUUUAAAAGGAUUUAUUUAGUAUAAAUGAAAGAGACAUUAUAAAAAUGUAUAUUUUACAUGUUGAUGCUAUUUUUGUUUAACAAAAAGAAGAGUAUAUCAUAAUGAGCUUUAGCGUUGAGUUUAUAAGUCACAUGGAUGCGUUUGGGUUUUCUUUGUUUGCCCAUGUUCAACAUCAACACAAAUUAUUUUAUUUUCUCAUGUCAUCCUGAAUUCCUUUUGUAUUAUUUGCUGGCUAAAUAACAAAAAGUAGCAAGUUGAUUAAAAAGAAAGCAUGCACAAACUUGCUCUUGCUGUUAACAUUUUUUAUUUUAUUCAUAGAACUACAGGAUUUACUUGAUAAUUUUCAAAACUUUAUGAUGUACAGUAUUUAAUAUAGGCCUAUUUUGUUGUAUGUGUUGCAUAUUAUUCAAAAACUGAACAAACUGGGGCCUCUGUUACAAGUGGCAAAGCUUUCUGUGUAUAAUUUGUCUAAUAAACAGGUUUUCUACA